GAUUUUGUUUUAGGACCAGCGAGUCAAAUGCAAGGCGAUAUGCAUAUAGUUCGAUGUGUAAGAAGUGGGGUGCAAGAAGGCUAAAGUUGUUUAAUGCAAUUGAUGACCCACUUAAGAGCAGAGAUCAGAUAAGAGCUGAGGCAAUUAAUAAAGUUCCAGAUGGGAUUCCACGGGAUCAAUGGAUUUCUUAUGUUGAUUACCGCCUUAAAGAAAAAACAAGGGAAAUGUGCAAAAGAAAUGCUGAAAUUCGGAAGACACAAACCAUUUCACACAUCGGUGGCUCCAAACCCAAUUCCAGAAGAAGGGCUGAAAUGAUGGCUAAUAGCGGACAAAAUCCUGGACGAGGUCAACUUUAUCUUGCUACUCAUAGGAAUGAAGAUGGAUCAUAUGUUAAUGAGGCAGCAAAAGAGAUAUGUGAAAAAAUUGAGCAAGCCAUGACUCAAAGCACCACAGAUGAGUCCGAGAUUUCGCCAAAUGAUGCCGUCGGAAAAGUACUAGGAAAAGAGCAUUCUGGACGGGUAAGGUGCUUGGGAUUAGGAGCCGUCCCAAGUAGAGCAUUUAAACAAACAAGACCCCGUUAUAGUGAUUUGAAUGCUUCAAGUUACAAUAAUGGUUCAUGUUCUUCUCAAUGGCAAGAGAAGUACAAUCAGAUGUUGAGUGCUCACAACAAAAGCCAAGACAACCUCAAUUUUCUGAUGAAUGCUCACACUGAAAUGAUGAGCGCUUUCAAGAUGUAUAUGAUAAGGAAAGAAGGGAGAAUACCUGAAGAAUUUGCUGGGAUCUUUGUUUCUACUACUCCUCCUUCAACGCCAAGUGAUGCAGCUAGUGGACACGUUUCACCCACGGACGUAAGAAGAUCAUUUGGUGGCAGUUAUCGUAAUGGCAACCAAUGAAGUUCCGUGCAAUUGUAUUAGACAAUUAAGUAUGGUAGUUGAUUGAAUGGACGUAACAGAUCCUUUAUGAUUAGUGGUUUGAGUGGAUGUGUUUAAUGUUAGUUUUUGAGACUAAUGAGGAUACUGAUGUUGGAGUGAAUGUGUUUAAUAUUAGGUUUGAGACUAAUGAUAAUACUUGCUUUAUGUUAAUGUCAAUAUGGCUUAAUAAUA